UUCUCUUGCUUCCCUUCUUCUUCCUUCUCAGUUCGAUGCUCUGUUUCUAUUGUUCGUUCAGCUAAUGGAACUAGAAGCUGUUAUGAGAACACGUGGAUGGGUGUAAUGGAUAGUCGUUCCUACGUGGAUUUUAUGACUGAUAUCGUGUGGACAUAAACCAAUGUGAUGACGUCAAAAACAAAAGAUAAAAGGAAAUUUAAGAAAUAUUCGUGGUCAACAACACGACGUCGUCUUAUCGAAUUACAAUAUCCAUUGGUUGGUUCGCGGAAAUGGUUACGACGUGCUAUUAUCAGUUGCGUGUGCAUGUUAUUGCGGGAACAUAUGAUCUGCUUUUUUGUAUGCGACGAGCCAUAACAUAUCUCGUUAUUUUACUAAGAAGUACAACUAAUAUAAGUACUCACAUAGUUUUGGAAAUUUUGAUAUGAUAGUAAUUUAUUUUUAUUUUAAAUAUUCAAAAGAUCUAUAUAUAUAUAUAUAUAUAUAUACUCAUUUCGUAUGUUAAUAAAGGAAUUGAAUCUCUGAACCCUUGAAAGAAGAAAAUGGAAAUAAAUUCCCGCCAAAAAGGUGAGAAAAUAUUACUACAAAACAGAAUAAUGCAAUAACCCAGAGAAAAAUAAUAAUAAUGUCAGGCAUUAAAAACUAAUUACUCCCUUAACUAUAUAACGCGUACCUUUAAUUAACGUGUACUUCAUCGUCAACAUCGAGGUUGAUUAAAGUAGUAAUAAGAUUCCAAACGUUAGUUGAAGAAAUUACGGAUCUUGAGAGAUCUUUUCCCCGUAAAACGAGAAAUAUGUAUGUCUGAUUUGACUUGGAAACAGCCCCACUCGCUCAUAUACAUUCAUUCAUAAAACUGCUAUUCAUAAAACUGCUAUUUCUUAAGAGUCAUUAAGCACUGAGCUUCUUUUUCUUUCUAGAGUGAUCGAUGGCUAGACUUGCGUUGAUUGCUGCGGCAGUGGUUCUAGCUUUUCUUGCGGCAGCUCCGGUGACUGAGGUGGCCGCUAAGAGAUGGAUAGUGGGUGAUAACAAGUUCUGGAAUCCCAAUAUCAACUAUACCAUUUGGGCUCAGGACAAACAUUUCUACCUAGACGACUGGCUCUAUUUUGUGUACGAGAGAAACCAAUACAACGUUAUAGAAGUGAACGAGACCAACUACAUAAGUUGCAAUGCCGAUAACCCGAUCGCUAACUGGAGCCGUGGAUCGGGAAGGGACGUUGUUCAUCUCAAUGUGACCAGACAUUACUAUCUCAUUAGCGGUAGCGGUGGUGGAUGUUACGGUGGUAUGAAGCUCGAUGUUUUAGUUGAGAAACCGCCUCCCCCACCAAUCGCAGCACCUAUCAAGAACAGCGCAAGACGAGCCUUCUCCAACUUUGGUUUUGCACAUCGGUUUGUCAUUCCAGUAGCUGUUUUUACAGUGAUCGGGACAAUGUGGGACGCGGUACUGCGGUUUUGUUAACGAGUCUUGACUUCUUUUUAUGAGAAAAAACGAUUGUUUAGAUUCUUAGCAAAGUGAAACUCCUUCCUCCGUAGCUCUUAGUGUUCGUUACUCUCUAUUAUGUUGGUUUCUUGGAUCUUCAGUCAUUCGUUGUGUCAGUGUGUCUGUGCCUUGGGAGAUUGUUCAUGCUUUGCUUUUGUUGGUGGGAAAUCAAUUGUUGAAACCUGAAAGAUAAGUGUAAUUUGCUUUAUAUGAUAAGGAAAAACUUUAUUGGACCUAUAUGGUGGGAAAUCAACUAUUUGCUUUUGUUGGUAGUUGCCACUAUUACACUUUAUAUGAUGUAACAUGUCAAUGACAUCUAUACACAACUAUAUGAUAAAAUAAUAUUUAUUUCUAAACUCAAUAAGUGCAUACCGAUAAUCUGGUAUUCUGGCCCUUGAGUCAGACAAUAUAUGUAUUUGAUGUUGGAACAUGAUAAAGUUUUUCCCAAAGACUUGUUAGUUGCUAUUUUAAAAUUUUAUCCAAAAGUUUUUCCCCCAAAUUCUACUGCUUAACAACAUAUCUAUAGUUUUUCUCACAUAUAUAGUUGUUUAUUCACAUUUACAGAAAUUAUAUGUGGAUGAGAACAUAUAUAACUUCAGUAUUAAAGUUUUUGAACAAACAUCUAGUUUUUCAAAUAUUUGAUGUUUGUCUUGUAGGUGAUAUAAUAAGUUGCAAUUUGGCCGCGUUAUCACAUGACUUCAAAGAUGUUUUGGAAACAGUUUAUCUUCGACUCUUAUGCAAGUCAUAUGGAAACUAUAAACAAUUCUUAAAAAUAUGUAUAUUUUUUUUUUCAUAAUGUGGAAAUUGUUAUCUAUAUAAUAUACUUUUAAGAACUUUAAAGACUAGAGCCAUUAUUUCAUAAGAUUGUACCAUAACUGUUCAUGUUCUUAUGUAUUCCAUACUAAUCUACUUUGCUCCUUUUCUUUUUUGGCAAUUUUAAAAUAUUUGGUCGAUUUUUAGUUGCAUGAAGUUCACAUCAAUACUAUUAAAACAGAAGACCCUUUUUUGAGGUACCCUCCUAUUUCAACAAUAUUUACAAGACAUUGCCACUGGAAUAUUUUUAAAUCUAUAUUUUUUUGUUAUAAAUAUAUUCAUCGUGAUCUUUUUUGUGGUAUUAAAUGGUGGGACCCGCCCCUCUAUCAUUUAGGAUACAAAAUGUUUUUGAAAACAAAUUGGAUUUUCUAUUGUUCUCUUCGAUUCUUCUGUUCUUCAGACUCUUCUUCGUCCCAGCCUGCUAAAAAUAUGCGACAUUUUUUUUUGAACAAAUAUAUGCAACAUUUUCCGAAACAAAAUUAUUCUCAACAAACAUGAAUCAUAAUUUAUCUGCACAUUUCUAGACAUCGAACAUGAAUCAUAUUAUGUUAUUAUAUUAUGUUUUCAUAUGUCAAUCAUUUAAAAUUGUCAUAACUUUAUCAUUUUCUAAUAGGGAAAUAAUAUAUUUUGUUUAACCUAAAUAUACUAAUAAGUAAUAAUCAUUGACCAAUAUCUCACAUAUAUCGAUCAAUAUGUAUGAAAAAUACCUAACAAUAUAUUCUCAUAUAUUUUUACAAAAAAAAAAAAUUCUCAUAUUCCAUAUUUCCAUGUCAAAUCUUGACCACAGUUUUUUUUUUUUCAACAAAGAAGCAACCACAGUUUAAAUAGUGCUUUUUUUUUUUUACAAAUACAUCCUACAUUUAUGGCAAUUUUAAUUUAAGAGGAUAGUUUUUUAAUAAUCCCAAAUUUAUUUAUGAAUAUUCCUAAUCGUAACUAAUGUACCUUAUUGUACUCAAAAAUCGGCAUUGGAAAUAGUUAAACUUAUUUUAACAACAAAUAUUUUAAUUCCUAAUCUUCAAGAAAAAAAUAUUUUAGUUCCUAAUCUUACGCUCAAGAAUAUCGUAACUAUAUCGAUUAUUCGAAUGUAUAACCCUUAAACCUGCAAAUCAUAUGAAUAUAGUCAUCACCAUCUCCACAAUUCAACUAAAAAAAAUAAGCUUAAACGUGAAGAUCCUACAGCUCAAACCUGAAAACACAGCCGUUGAGACCAUUCACAUGUCUGUAUUGAGAAUGUUCUUCUAUUUUUGUUUUGUUUGCUUAGAAUUGUUUACUUUUACUUUAAACGCAAGAGUACGAAGCUGUCUUUGGUAAGGAAGAGAGACUAAGGAAAGAAGGUAAAUAAGCUUUGGCGAAACAAAGGACAUUACUGGAGAAGACUAAACAAGAAAGGGACGAGGCUCUUAGCAUCAUUCUGCAAGGAAAAAAUGAUAAACAAUGAGGAACUUGGACGCAAAGUU